GCGAUUGCCUGGCUGGUGUCGCUCAGCUGGGCUGGCGUUUGCGCGCGUUGGAAAGAGCAGGGAAGCCGUAAGCGGCUGCCCUUUUGCCCAUGCGAUCCUGCGCAGCUCUGCCCGGGGCGCUGCUGGCCCUCCUACUUCCUACGUGGGCCGUGGCCGGCGCCAGCUCCAAGCAGAAGACGGUCAGACAAGAUGAAAACGCGGUACGACUCUCCGGUGGGAAGUUCCAAAUGGGAACAAGCUUAUUUGAUAGCAAAAGUGAAGACGGGCCCCCCAGGGAGGUGACAGUCAAGCCGUUUCUGAUGGACAAAUAUCCUGUCAGAAAUAGAGAUUUCCGGGAGUUCGUGCAAGAUCGGAAGUACAAAACGGAAGCAGAGGAGUUUGGAUGGAGUUUUGUUUUCGAGGAUUUUGUACCUGAAAAUCUUAAGAAGAAAGUGACACAAAAAUUACAGUCUGCACCUUGGUGGCUUCCUAUAGAGAAAGCAUUUUGGAGGCAGCCUGCAGGUCCUGGAUCGGGCAUCAAGGACCAGCUGGACCACCCGGUGUUGCAUGUCAGCUGGAACGACGCCAGAGCCUUUUGCGCAUGGAAAGGGAAGAGGCUUCCGACAGAAGCAGAGUGGGAGUUUGCCGCCCGGGGAGGACUGGAGAACAGGCUGUAUCCGUGGGGAAACAAAUUCCUGGCCAACCGCACAAACCUGUGGCAGGGCAGCUUCCCUGACAUGGACACAGCUGAAGAUGGCUACCACGGAGUUUCCCCAGUGGCAGCAUUCCCUCCACAAAACAGCUAUGGGAUCUAUGACCUGCUAGGAAACACAUGGGAAUGGACUGCCUCAGCCUAUCGCCCUCCCGGACGUACCUCCCGCCAGCCUGCUCAGGAGAUGCAUGUCUUGCGGGGAGCCUCUUGGAUUGACACGGUGGAUGGGAUGGCAAAUCACAAGGCUCGGGUGACGACAAGGAUGGGGAACACGCCAGACUCUGCCUCGGACAACCUGAGCUUCCGUUGUGCUGCCAGUCUCUCCCUGGAAAGUGUGAGCAAAAACACAGAACUCUGAAGGGGAUCGUCUCCAAACAAGGGCUUGGAUCUUUUCUCCUGUGGAGAGCAGUCACGAGAGCAGUGAAUUUUAGGACCGGAUCAAGAUUCAUGUUCUGAUGCUCCUAGUGGGGACCAAAGAUUAGUAUGCAAUAAAGAAAAGGCUUCCGUUGGUUGUAACAUGGGCAUCUACAUUCUAUGGAGAAACGCUGUGAAAAGAUGCCAUAAAUGGAUCAUAGCCCCCAGGUCUGUUUCUAGAGCUCAGAACAGAACAGAUCCUUUGUGUAUAGGAGAAAUUCCAGGUACAUGUGAAGGCCCGGAAAAAAAACUGGAA